GGGAGGAAGGAAGGAAGAGUUGAGAUGUCUCACUUGUAGUCCAGCUCGAGCGCUGUCACCCCGCCGCUGCUUGUAGGCUCCUAUCAUAAUCACUCCCAGUUUAUUUAAAACAAAAGUCAAAGUGUUUACGAAAUGGAGGGUCUCUACGAAUUCCCCGUCUUCUUCGAGUGUGCAAGCGUGGACGGAGAGCAGAAGAAGAAGAUCGAAAGUUACUUUAAAAUUCGCCGCAGAUCCGGAGGAGGGGACUGCGGACCUGUGACAAACGUCAGCGACAAAGUUUACAGCAUCGCUUUUAGAGAUCGGGAUGCUCAGCAGAGGGUCCUGCAGAGAUCUGAGCACGUCUUGGAGUCUUCUGGUGGUCCUGUGAAACUGACUGUACAAAGCAGCCCGAUAUCUGGAAGAAAGUCAAUGAGCCCAAUACUGGACUUCUCUUUAUCAGAGCAGAGUCUGCCAUCAUCUCUAACUCCUAGCUUUCUUACAAGUGGGGAAGAACAUGAACUACAUCUUGAUAAUUACCUCCUUCGUUACCUAAAGGAGUGCCCGAAAGCUAAUAAAGCACUUGAGAAAGAACUUGCUUCUGUUUCCUGUGCUGCCCAGCUUUUCCCAGUGGAAGGUAGGGUGAUAGUUAGGAGUAUACCUCCUCCUGAUGUUGUUCAUGACAACACAGAUUGGAAAGGUAUGGCAGCCAAAAUCUUUGAUGGUUACAUGUGCCACUAUGAGGUCGAACCUAACAAAGUUAGAGCUUUGCUUCAGUCCUGCAGCUCAGCUCAGAUCACAUAUGAUGUGAAUGUUUACAGUGAGGUUGGGAUGGCUGUUGUUGUAGGGAGGUGUCCACAGGUGGAGGCCAUGUUGAUGGCUGUAGAGGACUUGAAUAUUAAACGAGGGCUACGUUCAAGUAAGAAACAAACCAGCACUCGGCGACUAGGCAAGGCCAAACUCCGCCUCCUCUGGAAAGGGAUUGAGAACAGUUUGGGACGAGAUUUUCCAGAAAUGAAGGUCACCCAAGGGGAUGUAGGUCAGAUCGUCUUGGAAGGUUCCAUGGACGAAGUCCUCAAGGCUGGACAAAUGAUCUCUAAUGAGGAGAAGUUGGUGCUACAAAGGACAGUUUCUGACGUGAGCCCACACUUUUUGGCUUUCUAGAAGGCCUUUGGAGAACCAGGGAUGCUAGGGGACUUUUUGGAUGUUGGAGAUCAAGUGGAAGUAGAAUUAAGAGAUGCUGAGCUUUGUAUAUUCACUUUCUCUGCUGAUAAACUGGAUGACACAGAAAGAAAACUGCAUGAAAAGUUCAAGGAAGACAAAUAUUAUAUUCCUUACUGUUCCAUUGUUCCAUCUGAGCUUCAGGAAAAGCUUAAGGGCAAAACUAUUGAGAUGAACCAAGAACAAUAUAGGGCUCAGGUUGUGUUUAGCUCAGACAACAGGGUGUGCUUACUGGGCCACACCAAGGAGUUUGAAGAGCUGACUAAAGUUGUCGAAGAGUUCAUUUUGGACCAGUCUAGUACUGAAGGCCAAGUUAUUCUUCCAUUCCCAGAGUUAGCACAAAAGUUGACAGAACUACUGCAGCUGCAUAAGAUGGACCAUGCAGGGGUUACCAUCCGUCCUUUGACAUCUUCCACUAGGCCCAUGGUUUUGCUGGAAGGUCCAAUGGGAAAAGUUACAGAGGUCAGGAACUGGCUGGGUCCAUUUCUGGACUCCCUUAUUCAGGACAGAGUCACCAUUGACUUGCCAGGGGCAGGGAGGUAUUUUGAAAGUCCCUCUGGAAGAGAGAACAUUUUAAGUGUUGCUCAUUCUCAAAAGUGUCUCUUACAGCUUCAAGAGCAACCUGGUACUUCAAGACAGGGUUUGGCAUCCUGUACCCUUGCUACUUACAGCCUUCAAGGGGGGCUUCAGGUGCUGGUGUGUCAGGGGGACAUCACCAAACAGAAUGCUGAUGCCCUGGUGAACGCUGCCAACGAAAGACUUGAACAUGGUGGAGGGGUUGCUGCCGCACUGAGCAAAGCUGGUGGCCCUAUGGUGCAGAAGGAGAGCAGUUUACUUGUAAAGCAAACUGGAAAAAUACCUACAGGUGACGUGGUAGUUACCACAGGUGGGAACUUGAAAUGCAAGAAGUUGCUGCAUGCUGUUGGACCGAUAGGUGGGAAAUCAGGUGGCAAAGAGAGGGAGUUGCUGGAAAAAACAGUCCUGUCUGCUCUGAAUUUAUCAGAAUUGAUGGAGUUUGAGUCCAUAGCCAUGCCCUGUAUCAGCUCUGGUUUGUAUGGUGUUCCGGUCACUGUGUGCUCUGACGCUAUCGCAACUGCAGUGAAGAAAUUCAGCAGUCAAGAAGGCAGAAAUCUGAGCAGAAUCAUGUUGAUUGAUACAAGGGAAGAUAUUGUGAGGGCAAUGCAGGAAGCAUGUGAUAGGAUUCUCCAAGGGAUCAUUGUAGGAAAAAAUGAAAGCGGUAGGGAGUUCCAGAGGGGUAACACUGCACAAGAUGCAGCAACAGGAGCAACUGCUGGAUUUCCUGGAGAAGGUGUUCAUGUUGAGAUCAUUCAAGGAACCAUUGAGACCCAGCAGGUGGAUUAUCUGGUAUGUCCAAUGGCGGGGCACGAUCCUCUCUCUACCCGUAUUGGAAACAUUUUGUCCAGAGUGGUUGGACACCAGCUGACUGCAAAGUUUUACCAGGAAGCACGGGGAGCUACAUUGCCUGGUGACACAGUUUUGGUAGAGGACUUGCCUGGACUUCAUUCUAAAGGAGUUAUCUUCCUCAACCUCGUUCCCUGGGAUAAUCAACAACAAGGGUCUGCAGUCCAGGUUCUGAGGCAAGGCAUUAGGAAAAUCCUGGCUUCCUGUGGGAUCAGAGGCUGUAGUUCAGUUGCACUUCCAGUGCUUGGCUGUGGGGCUGUGCUGCGUUUUCCUCACAGUGUGGCUUCCAGGGUUGUUCUGGAGGAGAUCAAAGAGUUUGAACAGAACCGAAUCAGCAAAACAGCUUUCCUUGUCUGUACAGUCAUUCACCCGAAUGACAAAGACUCAAGCAAGGCCUUCCAGUCUGCGCAGGAACAUUUGCACCUCAGAGGAUUUACAAAUGAUGCCAAUCCAAACCAAGCUUCCUUCUACCGCCAUGUCUUCGUAAGCAAUGACGAGGUCACAGCUAUGCUGGGUGGAGUCAAGCUUCAGAUGGUCAAUGGUGACAUAAUUCGUGAGACCACUGAUGUCAUUGUCAACACGACAGACUUCUCCAGCAAUCAAUCUGGUGUGUCCAAAGCCAUUCUGACUGCGGCAGGGUCCACUGUUCAAGCAGAGUUAGCCAGAGUGGGCACUCCAACAGACCAUUAUCACACCACAGGACCUGGAUCGCUAGGCUGUAAAGAAAUCAUUCAUGCUAGUUUCAUGGGUGAUCCCGGGGUAAUUCGGAAGAAGUGCAAGAAAAUACUGGAGCAGUGUGAGAACAAAGGCUACUGCUCUGCAGCUUUCCCAGCUAUAAAUACAGGUGCUGCUGGCGUGGACUUUGUCAAAGCUUGUAAAGCCAUGCUGGACGGCAUGACCUCAGCCAUAACGGACUUGAAACCAAAUUCUCUCUCAAUCAUCCGUAUCGUCAUCCUGGAACAACCUGUCUUUCAGGCGUUCAGAUCAGAGCUGGAGAACCGCUUUGGACAAACAGCCGCUCGCCACCUCACCAUGAAAGAAAAAGCUAAACAAAUGCUCAAGAAGUGGAAAACAAAGAUGUCAAGCUCCUUCACAACGUCCGAAAUUCAAGACAAAACCCUCCUCCCCUUUAAGCCACCACCAGCCGUGAUAAGUGUGAUUAGUUGUGGUGGUCCAGACACCGUCAGGACCAUCAAGAGAGAUCUGGAGGGUCUCCUGCAGAAGCAGCUCGAAGAGAGAGUGGUGGAUGUGCACGACUUUUCCAGGCUUCAACCCAUGGAGCUGGAGGCAGUGCAGGCAAAAGUCCGAGUCUUAGCGAUAAGCCUGGAGAUUCAGAGACGUCAAGGAUCUGAAGGGUCGGAUGGAAACAGAUCGGAAAAUGCAGCCGGAGUUGAUGAUCGAGAGAGGACAGGUUCAAGGAGAGACGUCUACGUGCUGAAAGGCCUUAAAGAGGACGUCCUGAGUGUCACUGAGCUCGUAAACAAAGCAAUCCAAAAAGCGCUGUGCAAAGAUCUCCAAGACAAAGAAGAAGCAAUGUUGGCUCUGAAUGUCCAGUGGUCUUUUCAGGACAUAAAGGGAACCUGGCGAGAGCUGAGUGUGCAUGACAACUACCUGCUGGAGGAGGCCAACUUGAACAAAGACGUGUCAGUAGACAUAACAUCACCAGAUGGCGUGAAGGUGAAAGUAAACCUGAGGGCAGGAGAAGCCACAGAUUGGGUAACAGGCAUCACUUACAAAGUGAAAAGAAGCAAGACUGAAAAAACCUUAGAGUUUCCAGAACACUGGGAACCUAUGGAAGAGGAAGUCUUUAAAAAGGUGGAGCUGCAGCCUACCUCACCAGAGUACCUGAAUGUGGCUCAUGGUUUCCACCGGACGGCUAAAUAUAACAUUUGCAAAAUUGAGCGUGUGCAAAACAGCUACCUGUGGCAAGCCUAUUCUGUGUGCAGGCAGCGUAUAUCUGCCAAGAACGGUCCAGCAGAGCUCGGGGAGAAGGCUCUUUACCACGGCACAUCCGCAGAGUCGUGCGACUGCAUUGAGAGAGACAAGUUUGACAGAGCCUACGCAGGAACACAUGCCGCUCGCUUUGGAAAGGGAGUGUACUUCGCAGUCGACGCAAAGUAUUCAGCAGGUGGAUUUUCGCCACCAGACGCGCUGGGCCUGAAGCGAAUGUAUGUCGCUCGAGUCCUCACCGGCCGUCACACUGUCGGUGAUUCUUCCAUGAAAGCCCCCCCGCCUCGAGCCGCAGACCGGACCGACUGCUUCGACAGUGUGGUGGACAACCUGCAUACGCCCGCCAUGUUUGUGAUCUUCCACGAUGACCAGGCCUACCCGGAUUACCUCAUCACCUUCAAAUGAAGAAGACAUAGCUGCUUACUGUCAGAUGAUGAUGAUUUACAAAAAAUUUGAUAUCUGAGAUAUAAACCUCAAAUGCCUUCUUUUAGUUUAUUUAAAAAAAAUUUAAGGAUAUUUUUGGGGCCAUUUUGCUUGGAUAUUCUUGGAGAAGAGAGAGGGGAUGGGCAGAUGUCUGAUUCUAAUCCAAGGCCACUGAGGAUAUAGCCUCUGAACAUGGGGCACGGGACGUAUCCACGAGGCUAUCCAGCACCCCCAUGUAACUGUUUCUUUUUCUUUAUUGUCUCAUAUUAAGGGGAGUGCAAUUAUUUUGGAUUUGGCAAACAUCUCUCUAUGAGAUGAGGGCAUUUUCUUUAAGUCUUUCCGGUGUUGAAAAAUGAAGCCAAAAGUACAAAAUCCUGCAGUUCGUCGAGGGUCAGCCACAUUUAUUGAAACAAAAAUGUCCCCUGCAGUUACAGAUGGGUGAAGUCAAUCAGGCUCCGCCCAUUAAUAUUAACCAGCUGGUUAGGUUAAUUGGUGACUCUAAAUUGCCUAUAGGUGUAUUUGCCUGGUUGUCUCUAUAUGUCAGCCCUGUGAUUAACAGGCAAAGCAGCCAGGGUGUA